CCUAACCAAUAGUUACUAUAAGGGGCCGAGUUAAAGUUAGGGAUAUCUCUUUAUCUGUUUGGCUACAAUCAAUGUAUUUAACACCUUUGAAAGGCCAUGCUUUGUGCACAUGGCGUUUCGCCAUUGGCACACUGAUGAGUACAAUACAACUGAUCAAGUUCCCCGGCCCGGCUUUUUCUAAGUCAAACUAGCGUAACAGUCAUCAAAUUAUGACCGAGAUGUUCGGCUCUAAAGAUGACUUCAGUUGCCCGAAAUUUUCAACGGCCGAGAGUUACAUUGGAAUUUUGUCAACUUAUCGCGGAAGGAUGCAUCACUCCAAACUUGUGCGUAAAGGCCCGGAUUCAACGUCCUCCGCCGAUCGAGAUGGACUGCGGACGGACCGUGACAUCAAGCGGGAAUCAUCGUCGCCGCACACUUUCAAGCAUCAUCGCUCGUCGUUGUCGAGCGGUUCCGUGGAAAGCCGGAUGGCGGAACUUGAUGAUAUUCAACGGUCAAUGGAAGUGGAGGAAACAGAGGAGGAAAGCUAUGAAGAGGAGAGGUUUAAAUCGAGAGAACAUUACGAUACGGACUCUGAUAGUGUCUCUAGUGGGCGCGAAGCCGCAUCAUAUCAACAAGGAGCUCGCGUGCAGAAUCAACAGCCCCCUUCCCCGGUGGAAACUUACAUCAACAACACUGUCAGCGGGGUAGACAGAAUUCCUACUCACGAAUGGACCUUUGAGGAACAGUUCAAGCAACUGUACGAGUUGGGAACUGAGCCAGAAAGGAAAGAAUUUUUGGACGAUUUGUUUACGUUUAUGCAGAAAAGAGGUACUCCAGUAAACAGAGUUCCCAUAAUGGCUAAACAAACAUUAGAUUUAUUCAAACUGUUCAAACUUGUCGUGGAAAAGGGAGGGCUUGUCGAGGUUAUAAACAAGAAAAUCUGGCGUGAGAUUAUCAAAGGACUUAGUCUGCCAGCAUCAGUUACGAGUGCAGCUUUUACGCUUCGAACACAAUACAUGAAAUAUCUAUAUCCAUAUGAAUGCUCGAAGAAGAAGCUAUCCUCACCAGCCGAACUUCAAGCAGCGAUUGACGGAAACCGUCGUGAUAGCCGAAGAUCAUUUGGCUCGUUUCUGUCACAAGCCGUACCAUCAGACGGCUCACAUCCAUACAAUAGUCCAAGCCCUACAACAACACCACCUGCCUUCACGCCUAGCAACACCUCUCCAGGACUUCCUCACAGGUCUAGUCCAGGCCCUUCAGCUUCCAACCAUGACGUGCAUGUACCUCCAUCAGUCCAUGGUAACAAUGGCGUUGCUAUGCUUCACUCUCCGGGCGUUGUUCAAUACAGUCCUAAGCGUUCGUCAAGCGUGACGGAGGUAACGUCACGAGGGGUUUCCUCGUCACCAUCCGAUGCAUCGCCAUGCGGUUCACCAGUCAAGAAAUUUGCUGCUGUUAAUGAACGAAGCAAUAAACCGACUCCGACUCAGCUUCCCUGGACACACAUUAAAAUACAAACUCAACCCAAAGGUAUGUCACAAGGCGGCCAGUUCCAGUUCCCUGAUCCCGAACGAUCAUCACGCGGUCGCGAGCCGAGGCACUUACCGCUUACUCUUCUGGAUCAAGUGAGCGACAACUCAUUGCUGGUGUCCGUAGAGCUCAAUGGCGUGGUCUACCAAGGGGUUUUGUUUGCUCGGCAAAAUCGACCGGACUCGCCGAGAAGUAACGAAGACUACUAACUUAAGUAUGGUGUUUCUACUCUUAAAAUAUGCAGACAUUAGUGUAGGAUUUAGAGCGGUUUUAAACUGACUUUUAUAAAAAUUAAAUUACAGUGCGACUGCAACUUGAGUUACGCGUGGUAAAACAUGCGUCGGCGUAAGACAUGUAAAUGGUGUGAAAGCUUGACCAUGUCUUAUUUACAUCAUGCCAAAUUCAAUUGGCAGAAGCUACAUCUUAAUGAAAUCAUAAAAGCCAUAACAUGGUAGCAAGGAGCUGCUGUGUGUGUUUAAUGCGUGUUAGUAAGUAGUGAGUAGAAAAAGAGUAUUUCAAGUGACCACGUCCGCUUGGCGUCACUAGACGUGGGUAGUCAUUUUACCCUACCCCCUUAUUGAGUUGUUAAGCUACAUAUUCUACAAUGAUUAGGACCGUUAACACUCGUCUACUUCUUUUUAAGUCAGUGUAAUUAGAAUGGGAAAUCGUGAGUCCUAUUAGCCUCUCAAUAUCAUCAGUUUAUGAUACUGCACGCAAGACAAGUAUUAUUCUAAAAUUCAGUUACUUUUCAAUUUAUUAUUUUUCGCCGAAAUGUGGCGCAUUGUAUAUUUAUCUUCUCCGUACCCUUAGUUCUUUUGAAAUGUUAACUUGUUCCGCAAAUUCACCCCUAAACGAGAAUUGGGUUAAAUUUUACGUACAAUGUGGCAUUUUUAUCGUUGUCUUGCGAAUAAGCAGCAAGAACAAACAAGUUUGAGUGUUUUGAGACAAAACGUUGGAUUGUGAUAUCUGGUUCAGAUUAUUUUUUUCUGCGAGUGAAUUACAUAAACCUGGAAUAUGAUUUCAAAUAAAUCGGAAAAAUGUUUGUCAUAUUUUGACUUUUUUGUACUUUGAUAUGAAAUGUUGAGGAGAAUUCCUCUUACUGAAUAUACUAUAAUUUUAAUGUUUAAACUUAAUUGUAAAUCAUUUGCCCUGUCGUAUCUUUAAAUAGGGCUCCUUCAGAGACCUAACGGCUAUCUUUAAGGAAUACAUGCACCCACUGUAAAUACUUGACUUGCGGUUAUAAUAUUUUCCUCGCCUGGACAUAAGCUGGUUAUACCUAAAUUCUAUUCGUGAAACUAUACUGUUGUUACCAUAAUUUUGGAGCGAAAAAGACAUCACUUUGCUGUAAAAUAAUUUCUAGUUACUACGUCGAGGGUGUUACUGCUGUUAGACCAGUUUUAAAACCAAGAAAAAAAUCUUUGUUGCUCUCCCCUCUUAACAAAUGCUGAUCCACCGCAGUUUUCUAUGGCAUUUCUAUCGUAAACUCUUUUUUCAUUCAUUUUUACGCUUUUUGGUCAAUUUAAAUGAGCAGUAAUAACACCCUCGACAGUGUAUCUUUCGAGCUUUUUCAUCGGAACUACGCACAAUGUAUUUGGAGAAGGGUGUACAUUUAAAAAAUAAACUUAAUUUACUUAUACAGGGUUACUCUGGACUCAUUCUGCUAUUAGCUCCUAGGAGUUUGAAUGCGUGUUAUUAUCUUUACGAUUAUCACUAUAAUAGUAUUGCUACGUAGAGUAUUCUAAGUUGGUCAGUGUUUUUUUAUUGCGCAAAAUAUUUAGCAGUGGCGUCAAUUUACUUAUUUUUCUGCGCUCAUCGGAGUGCUGUUUCAAAUAUUAUGAAUUCGGUGUGUUUUCAUUUAUCUUUUAUUGUUUAACGUAGUACUUUAGAAGAAUUACCCAAGAGAUCAACCUUCGUAACCGCGAUGAUAGUAAUUAGAUUCGUUUACAUUUUAGAUGGGAAUUUACUCGUCCAUAUAUCCAAGUUAAUUAAUUUUGUUCAAAGCACUUUGUAGUGUUUUUAACCGUUAUCAUCAUUAUUAUUAUUAUUUUAAUAUAUACCGAAUAUCUCUGAAUGCAUCGAUCCUAUGUGAAUAUUUUUAUAACUGAAUUAAUAAUGAAGGAUUGCGUAUGUACACAUGUACAAAUAAAAGUA